AUGAUUACUUCAUCCACUACGAUGCAACGAAAGGAAAUUUCUGUGAAACCACACUUGGAUCCAUACCAUUACUUGAUUAAUAAUACAAGUGGAAAGGGAUUUCGUUUCAAGUUAAUUGAGGCUUUUAAUGUUUGGUUUAAAUUAUCGGAAGAAGAAUUACGAGUUGUUCAGAACAUUGUGGAUAAAUUACAUAAUGCUAGUUUGUUAAUUGAUGACAUUGAAGAUAAUAGCAAGCUGCGAAGAGGAAAACCUUGUGCUCAUUUGAUUUACGGAACGCCAGCCACUAUCAAUUGUGCUAAUUAUGUAUAUUUUGAAGCUUUGAAAGACAUUCAAAAGUUGAAUACAAGCUUUGCUGGCGACAAUGGACUUAAUGCAUUUUCCGAUGCCAUUUCCAUCUUCAUGGAUGAGUUAUUACUGCUUCAUGAAGGACAAGGAAGGGAUAUUUAUUGGAGAGACAAUGGAAUUUGUCCAUUGGAAGAUGAUUACUUACAAAUGGUUCAGAAUAAGACUGGUGGCUUGUUUAGACUGGGCGUUGGUUUAAUGAAGGCAAUUUCUAGAAAUGAGAAGAGCAAGCAAUACGACUUUACUACGCUUGUAAAUUUGUUAUCUGUUUUGUUCCAAAUUUUGGAUGAUUAUCUCAAUUUACAAAGUGACAUUUAUCAUACCAAUAAGAGUUAUUGUGAAGACUUGACUGAAGGAAAGUUUUCGUAUCCAAUCAUUCAUUGCAUUACUGAGCAAGCGAAGAAUGGAGAUACUCGAUUGAUUAACAUUUUGAAACAGAAAACAUCUGAGAAGCUAUUGAAGGACUAUGCCUUGGAGUUAAUGACGGAGACAAACAGUUUUGCUGUCACUCUCGAAAAACUCGGAAAUGUCUAUCAAGAAUUGACGAAAGAAAUGGAAAAAUCAGGAGGCAAUCCUUAUCUAGAAAAGAUUGUAGAGGGUCUGAUGACUAGUGCAAAGCAAGUCGAUAAGAGCGUCUAA